AUGCCACCCCUUCGUGGACUCACUCUCCUUUUCCCUCUGCUCAUCUGCUUCUUCAUGGAGAGCUUCUGCAUUUGUGACAGAACCACCUGGACCAAGGUUGGGUGGGAGAUUUUUCCAGAAGAAAUGCCUUAUCUGAAAGUUCACCUUUCAUCAUCUCACUGUCUCCCCUACCCUCUGGACAAACUAUGCUGCAAUUUGGGCAACUUAGAUACCCUUUACAGUUGUAUGUAUCUCAUUUAUAUAUCUCUGGAAGCUCUGGUCCUAAUCCUAACUGUCCUGUCAGUGCAUUACCUGUGGACGAAAUGGAAGAAACACAAAAAACAGCUGGAAACACGAGACGUCUUGGCCUCCUCAAACAAAGACCCGGAGAACCAGACCAUCAACGAUGUUGACCAGAUCCUCUGCAAACUGGUGGCUACGACUUCCCUGAUGACCAAGUACCUGAACCACGUCUUCAAGGACCGUCCAGACAAGAAAGGCAAAUACCACAAGGUUCGAGUGAAGAAAAUAAAGGACAAAAGGGAAAAGGAGCCCAAGGAGCCCGAGGAGCCUGGAGUUUCCAUGUGCAAAUGCAGCGCCAACCAGUAUGAGGACUAUGCAAGGAAUGUCUUGACAGAGCUUAUGUAA